GAGAACGAGAACGAAAGCGAUCCAAUCACGGCUGUUAUAGGCCACGUUUUCCUUCAUAGGGACCCACCAGUCAUCAAAACAUCGGCAAAUCGGGGCUCAGGAACAAUUUUAACGACCCCGUAUUAAAAUAGGUCUGAUCCCCCUCCCAGGCCUCCAGAUUACGAUGAGGAGUCCUUGUCCGUGUCAGCACGUCCACUGUUUUCCUUUCUUCUGUCCUUUCUGUCCCUCUUUUGCCUACUUGUUAUAAGUUUGUCCCUACAUCGCGACGGCGGAAGAAUUCACUCGCGCGGGGAAUAAUUUCCAUUCUCUUAUCUACUACGGGUUUUGUUCGGUCUAGAUUGCAUUCUCUUAUCUUUCACCUUCCACAUCACAUCCAGCGGAGUACAUACCCGGAACCGACCAGAGACCUCUCUGACGACAAGAGCCACGAUGAGCUACGACACGUGCGAGAAAGUGUCGCUGGAGUGCCCGGUGCAGGCAACGACGUACGGCUAUUACCCGAACCUGGGGGGCAACAUCUUCUUUGCGGCGUUCUACGGGGUGCUGGGGUGCCUGCAGCUGGGGUUCGGGGUGUACUUCCGGGCAUGGACGCUGACAGUGGCGAUGGCGAUUGGGGCGUUCAUGGAGCUGGCGGGGUACAUCGGGCGGAUCCAGAUGCACUACAACCCGUGGAACGAGGGCGCGUUCAAGCUGCAGAUCGUGUGCCUGGUGCUGGCGCCGACCUUCGUGGCCGCGGGUAUCUACCUGACGCUCAAGCACAUCGUGCUCUCGCUGGGCCCGCAGUACUCGCGCCUCCGCCCGGGCCUCUUCACCUGGAUCUUCAUCAGCUGCGACAUCGGCUCGCUCGUCCUGCAGGCCGCCGGUGGUGGUGUCGCCGCCGCCGCCGGUAAGACCGAUCGCACCCUGCUGCAGGUCGGCGACGAUAUCAUCAUCGCUGGUAUCGCGUUCCAGGUUGCGACCAUGUCCGUGUGCGGCCUCAUCGCGCUGGAUUUCUUUGUGCGUGUCAUCCGCCAUGGCCCUGGCCUCCGCGGCGACCUUAACGUCGAAGGCGUCCGUCAUAUUCGACUCGUUAUUUAUGCGGAGGUCUUCGCGUACUUCACUGUGCUCAUUCGGUGUAUUUAUCGUAUCCCCGAGAUGGCAGGUGGAUGGGGUAAUCCCCUGAUGCAGAAGGAAGACGAGUUCCUGGUGCUGGACGGAAUGAUGAUCGCCCUCGGCAUCGGCGCCCUCACGCUUGUCUAUCCGGCGUUCUUCCUUCCGUCUAUGAGGAAGGGGCUGAAGAAGGAGAAGGCUUGAAUGUUGAUAUACAAUAGAAGAUCAUAUAUAGAUACCCAUAAUUGGAGUCCGGUUCAAGUUGGA